CCUCAUUUUCCAUUCCGUUUCCCAAGCUCUAUCCAAACGCCACCUAAGGUUUACGCCCAUAUUCGCCCAUAACCUCCCCCAAUUCGCCCAAAUUUCCUCGCCUCCUCCGAUCCCCUCUCGCGACCCCGGCCGCGGAAGCUACUAGAAGCUUCCAUGGAUGCCGCGCAGCUGACGCCGGGCGCGGUGCAGGCGAUCGCGGACGAGGCGGGGCCGGCGGCGAUCCAGCCGGUGCUGCAGGUGGUGAAGUUGCGCCUCGUCACCACCAAGGCCGACAACGCCAACUCCAACUCGUCGUCACGGUUCCGCAUGGUGCUCUCCGACGGCGCCCACUCGCUACAGUCUAUGCUCGCCACUGCCUUGAACCCACUCGUCAGGGACGGCACUCUACGCGUGGGCACCAUCGUCCACCUCAACGAGUUCGUGUGCAAUACCAUCCAGGGUAAAAGGAUCAUUAUUGUUGUGAAACUGGAAAUUCUGCAAAGUGAGUGCACCAUGAUCGGGAGCCCCAAAAACUACGAAGCGAAAAGUUUAACUAAGGUACAAGACCCUAACAUACCGACCAGUGCAGCUCAAAGUAAUAGUAGAAUCUAUUCCGGUGGCCCAGGCAUGAUGGGGUCUUCCGUUGCUCCAAGGGCAGAGCAGGCUGCUAACAAACUCUCAUAUAGUGGACCCUAUAACGGUGCUCAAGGCAUGGUGGGGUCUUCUAUUGGCCAGACAGUAGAACCUGGUCCUAGCAAUGUGUUCACUGGUGGCUCUUAUGGUGCAAUGUCGGCACAGAACACAAUUAAUGCCAACAUGGUACAGCCAAAAUCUCAGCAGCCUUUGCUGAACUCUCAUCAAAAUGAAAUGUUUGCAGUUCCUGCCACAGGUGGGGGCUUUGGCCCUCCUGGCAAUACUUACGGGCACCCUGCACAGCCUUCAUAUCAGCAGCUGCCUCCAGAUUGUAUCAAUCGAGGCCCUGCUGCUGGGAAUGAAUCUACAACUCAUAUCGUUCCGAUUGCUUCAUUGAAUCGGUACCGGCAGAAUAAGUGGACAAUCAAGGCUAGGGUGACUGCAAAGACUGAUCUCAGGUACUACACCAACUCCAAAGGUCCAGGAAAAGUUUUCUCAUUUGAUCUCCUUGAUGCACAAGGCGGAGAAAUUCGCGCAACAUGCUUCAAUUUGGCGGUUGAUCAAUUUUAUGACCUAAUUGAGGUUGAUAAGGUGUACUUGAUAUCUAGAGGAAAUCUUAAACCCGCAGAGAAGAAGUAUAACCAUUUGAACCAUGAGUACGAAAUAACUCUGGAUGCAUCAAUAUCGUCUGUUGAGAUUUGCUCUGGUGAUGAUAACAGCAUCCCUAGGCAGCAGUUCAAUUUCCAGCAGAUCAGCGAAAUAGAGAACAUGGAUAACGAUGCCAUGGUUGAUUUACUUGGUGUUGUUACAUCAGUUGGCCCUUCUGAUACAAUAAUGAAGAAGAAUGGCACUGAAACCCAGAAAAGAACUCUUCAACUGAAAGACAUGUCUGGUCGGAGCGUGGAAUUAACCAUUUGGGGAAACUUCUGUAAUGUUGAAGGUCAGCAGCUGCAGUUGCAGUGUGAUUCUGGUUUGAAUCCUAUACUUGCUUUGAAAGGUGUCCGUGUCAAUGAUUUCGGGGGCAGAUCAGUGGGCACAAUCAGUUCAACUCAGUUAAAGAUGAACCCAGACUUUCCUGAGGCAGAAAGGCUGAGGCAGUGGUACAUAAUUGAAGGAAAGACUGCCGCUUGUGUUCCUUUAUCUCGGGAAAUGUCUAAUAUGGGCCGGGGUGAUGUCCGCAAAACGAUUGCACAGAUCAAUGCUGAAAACUUGGGGCGAUCAGGUAAGCCAGACUGGAUCACUAUUAAGGCUGCAAUUUCAGAAGUACGGACUGAGAGUUUUUAUUAUCCAGCUUGCCCGUUGAUGUUUAACAAGAAGCCAUGUAACAAAAAGGCCAUACAGAAUGGUGAUGGGAUGUGGCAUUGUGAAAGAUGUGAUAAGAUCUUUGAAAACUGUGAGUAUAGGUACUUGGUUACGUUUCGAAUCCAAGAUCACACCGGUACUACCUUUGUUACUGCAUUCCAGGAGGCCGGUGAGCAGAUAUUUGGCUGUCCGGCUCAAGAACUUUUCUUGAUAAGAAAUGUCAACCAAGAUGUCGCACUAUUCACCGAGAUCAUAGAAGGGGUCCGUUGGCAUCAAUAUCUAUUCAAGUUGAGAGUCAGGGAGGAAGUGUUCAACGAUGAGAAGCAUGUGAAAUGUAGCAUUGUUAAAGCUGAAAAAGUGGAUCCAUUGGAAGAGAGUAGAAUCCUUCUUGGAGCGAUUGACAGCCUUCUACUGGAUGGGUUAGGCUCAAACCCAGGGGUGCAAGGCGCUGUUAUUACCCCUAACGCAGGUUUCACCAAUUCACAAGGCGGUCACAAUGUGCUUACCUCCAACAACGCCUAUACCAUGAAUAUGGGUGCCGCAAAUCAGUUUGGGCGGCAAGGAAGCAUAGGUGGGUGGAUGUCAACCCCACUGUCAGCGACACAAAAUGUACAGACUUGCAGUGCUUGUGGAUCCAGUGGGCACAACGCACAGAACUGCCCUUCUGGUGUGGAUAGGCAGCAACCAUCUGCAGGUGGCCACUUCACAGGCAUUAACUAUGGCUCUACUGCUGGCAAUGCCAGCUCGGGUUUGUGCUUCAAAUGUAAUCAGCCUGGGCACUGGUCUAGAGACUGUCCAGGGCAGGCUUCUGGUCCCCAGCAACAGGCAUAUGGGAAGAGUGUUGCAUCGGGAGGCUUCACAGGCCGUAACUAUGGUGCUACCGCUGGUAACACCUGGUCGGAUGUGUGUUUCAAAUGCAACCAGCCUGGGCACUGGUCUAGAGACUGUCCAGGGCAAUCAACCGGACCCCGGCACCAAACAUAUGGGAAUAGCAUGGCAUCAGGAGGUUACAGUAGGUAAUCCUUCGCUGGGCGCUAAUAAAGUAUUCUGCCAGUCAAGCAGCAUCUUGAAUUUUCUUUUAGCUGUAUGGCAUCGCUGUGCAUUGUGUACAGUAGUUAAAUCUACCCUGUUUAUGGCCUCUAAUGUUCACUGGGCACCUGUGUCUGCACCUUGUAUUGCUACUUCGAAAGUAUAUAUUAUCAGUUAUGUCCUGUCA